AUGGACAAGCGUGCAAACAUCUAUUCAUCACGCCCAGACUCUUAUCUUGCUGGCGACAUGCUCGAUGACACUGAAAAUAACCAGACCAAUCUUGUCUAUGGCGAUAAAUGGAGACUGCACCGACGAAUCACGCACUCGGCGGUAGGUAGCCAAGCCGUGCGAGGCUACAGGACGUUCCAAGGUAAUGAAUCGAAGAUCUUGGCCCGCGACAUCUUGGAAAAUAACAAUUUCGUCUCUUCUAUCGAACGGUACGCAUGUUCUGUCGCCUCUAUUAUCGGCUGGGGACGUCGCAUCCGUGAUACAGAGGACGGCCUAGCCCGGCUGGCCCUAUCCUUCGUGCAGACAGGAGCCAGCCUAGGCACCCCAGCACAACAUCUGGCUGAGUCUUACCAGUGGAUGUGCAAGCUUCCUAGAUGGAUAUAUCCAUUGCCUUCAGCACUGUGGGAAGAUGGACAAAAGCUGUUGAAGUAUUUUUACGAUCUGACUGUUGAGGGAAGCCGAUUCCCCGAAGACAGUUUUUCUAAACGUCUCAUGAACGAACAGCUGGAGCACAAGCUUUCGCCCAAAGAAAUCGCAAGCCUGACUGGCAAUCUUAUAGGCGGCGGUGUGGAUACUACCACCACGACGAUUAUAGUGUUCAUUUUCGCCAUGUGCGGCUUCCCGCGUGUCCAGAAGAAGGCCCAAGAGGAGAUUGAUCGUGUUCUUGCCGGUGAACCUCGCCCACCAACUUGGGACGACGAGGAAUCCCUUCCGUACUGCCGUGCUCUCCUGACUGAGAUCUUCCGAUGGCGCUCUGCCAUCGCCCUCGGUGGUCCUCCACACGCCCCUAUCCAGGACGACAUAUACAACGGCAUGUUGAUUCCUGCAGGCACCACCAUUCUUGGCAACACGUGGGCGAUUCACCGCAACCCGCGUGAUUACCCGAACCCCGAUGAAUUGAGGCCUGAGAGAUUUCUAGAUGAGGCUGAAAGGCGGCCGAACCCUAGCAAGAGGGGCAUCUUCACAUUUGGCUGGGGGAGGCGCGUGUGUAGCGGACAGCCGCUGGCUGAGCAAGGCAUAUGGUUCACUAUGGUCGAGCUGCUUUGGGCAUUCCGGAUGCGGUCCGUUGACGAGCAGGGAAAUGACAAACCGGUGGAUAUCUUCGCCUUUAACAAUAGCCCAGCACCCCGGCCACUGCCAUUCAAUGUUGAGUUUACCCCUCGUUCCGAGAACAUCGAGGACUUGAUCGGGCAAGAAGCGUCAAGGGCUGAACUGGAGUUGAGGAAAUAUGAUAUCACCAGCCAGGUCGCUUUGCCUUCAUAA